CAAAUGAGCAGGGCGUGGCGCCCAAUCAGGGCCCGGCUGGGGGCGUGGCCUGGGCUUGGCCCCUCCCCUGGAGAUAAAGACAGGGGGACUUCAGCGCUGGGCUCACUCGCCUCGCCCUUCCUGAAAACUUCUCUCCUUCUUCUGAUCGGACUGCACCUCGUCUCCGUCCUCUCCCUCCGGCCAUGGCCCAUCCCAAGCCCCUGGACAUCGCCCUUUGCCACUUGGUGACCAUCUUCCACGACUAUGCUGACAAAGACGGGGACAAGAAAACGCUCAGCAAGAAGGAGCUGAAGGAGCUCAUCCUCAAGGAGCUCUCCAUCGGAGCGAAGCUACAGGAUGCCGAGAUCCAGGGCCUGAUAACCGACUUGGACCAGAACAAGGACGGCGUGGUCUCCUUCAAGGAGUACAUGACCUUCCUGGGGGCGCUGGCCAUGAUCUACGACGAGGCGCUGACACGUUGAAGGGGCGGAGCCAGAGGGGAGAGGCCUCGCCCCCUAGGUGUGAGCUGUCAAUAAAAGCCUUGCCAAGA